AUGAGCACUGAGAAGGGCGUUGAUGUUGAAGCAGCGUCAAAAGAUUUAUCAGCGGAUGGAGCAACGCCGGAUUGUGACGUUCAAAAUCGUUGUUAUAGUCGUAGAAUGCUGAUGAAACUAAGCGAAAACGCGAAUCAUGAUUUCGUUCCGAAAGAGAGACUGGAAGAGAUAGGGUUGUAUUGUUCUUGGUCACUUGGAAGCGUAACCACCGAGAACGAUGUUGUUUCUCCAGCUGAAGAAGUGAGCAGCCCUGAUAAUGGCUUAACUGAAUCUAGCGCUGGCACUCAGGAAACUGCUAUCAAUACGGUUUCAACUGAAUCCAGUGCUGGCACUCAGGAGAAUACUGUCAACACUGAGAGUAAGAAAAUUCAACCAUCCAGUAAAGAGGCAGGAGAAGCAACUGAAUUUGGUUUGCUCAUUGCUGAUAUAAGCGAGGAGAUGGUGCAAGAAAUAUGGCAUAAACUGCGUAAAGAUGAUCUUUUCUUUGAAUGGUGCCUUCAAACAUUAGUCGGAGAUUUGAAACCAAGAAUUCGAUGUACAAGUUGUGGUUUGAGUGGGCAUCUGAUCGACGCGUGUCCAGAGCUCCAACUGCCGAAAGUUGUGCCGAUUCGACCGAUGGACAAAAAGCAGAAAGACCUCGUCGACGUGCUACUUCGAACCGUUUAUAGACGACUUUGUAUGAACGCUGAUUAUGAGAGGUUGUUGAGAGACUUUUGUUCUCAGUUAGAAGUAUGCCUUAUGAAUGGUUAUCGAAACGAUUGUCGUUUAUCGUUGUUCGGUUCGGCCGGGAAUGGAUUCGGUCUGAUCGGUUCUGAUGCCGAUAUAUGUCUUCGUUUCGCUGCUGAAUCUAUUUCUGAGGUGAAUUUUCGUUCGUUAUUUCGUUCGAAAACAGUCGAAGUUCAGGAGGUGGAUCCUUGCGAAGUGAUUACGGAUGUGGCUGAAGUGGUGAAGCAGAUGCCGGGUAUUGCUGGUGUUACGCCGAUAACGAAUGCAAAGGUGCCGAUUGUUAAAGUGCAGUGUGGUCGUAUGUUCGACCGUUUAGAGGCCGAGUGA